UUGCAUUGCCAGGGAUUAUGUACAAUAGCUUUGCUGUCAGGACUUAUGCUUAACAUUUAACUAAAUAUAUUGCAGAUACAGACUCCUGGAUAAAGGAACAUAUAAGCUUACAAUGGAUAAUCUACAAAGUGAGAAGCAGUUUGAAUAAUCUGGACCAAGUUUGGGAUGGCUGAGAGCACACCCACAAUGGAUAACUCUGAUGAGGACCUCUAUAAUGUACCGGAUUACUUAACGUCCUACUGUGAGGAAGGAGGGAACAGUCCCCCCACACCACAGUCUGACUAUGUUCCUCCACCAGGAAAAGUAACAGUUCUCAGUGCUGGCCAGGAGACUGUUUCUCUUGGCUUUUCACUCCCUGAUAACUCUGUAAGGUAUACACUGCAAAUAGAUUACUCCUGCAACACACAGAGAGGCAGUUUGGUCACAGAGGACUCCAGCACUCUGACGGUUGGGGGACUGAAUCCUGGGACUGAGUAUACUUUCAGCAUCAUAAGGAUUGCAGACAAUGGAAAUCAAAGCAAAGCAACGUCCCUGUCUGUCUUCACAGAGCCCAGCCCUCCUGUGCAGAUUACAGUCUACCAGGUCAGCAGUGAGUCCCUGUGUCUGCGUUGGGACACCCCUGCUGGUGAAGUGGAGAGUUACAUCGUGACUUGUUGCAGUGAGGGAGACAUUAUGCAAGAGCUGACAACAGACACAACCAACCUGACUCUCAGCAACCUGAAUCCAGGAGUGUGUUACUCUCUCCAGGUGUCUACACAACUUAGGAAUGGAAGAAAAAGCGAGCCAUCUGUAACAACUGUCCACACAAAAACACAACUAGAAGGCCUAUUGGAGGAUCUGGGGUUGGAGCAGCACUACACAAAGAAGCUAUCCCUGAGCACAAUACUUCAGAUUGAUGAGAAGAGCAUUACUGAUGAACCUGCUAAGCGUAACUCAGAUCUUCCAUGGUAUUUUCUGAAGAAACUGAUGAUGGUCAAUGUGACAGCUAGGAAUGUGAAAUGUACAUCAGUAUGUGAGUCCAACUAUGAAGAUCCGUCAGUGAAUACAGAGUUAGAUCUUGAUAAUUUGGUCAACAGUCUAUAUUCAGGUGACAUACUAAACCCCCUUGACAUGAUCACUGCUCUCUUUCUGUGUUCUGAUGGUUUUGUAAUGCAGGAAAUGGCCCUGAAAAUGUCCAUGUGUCAGUUUUCUGUGCCUCUAUUGCUUCCCAAUUGUGACACAAAGCAGUGCACACUCAUGCUUUGGUCCAUGAGAGACAUUGUUAAAAAGUACAGACCUCAGUCCCUUUUACAAUCCAAGGGCUUCCUUGAACAAAGAAUUGUUCUCUCUGAACUUCCAAUGAUAUCUUUUGUGAGACUGGGCGAGUGCUCCUUGUCCAAGUCAGAGAUCCUCAAUAAGCUUCUGAGCAAUUCCCAGCAGUACCACGAUACCUUUGUUCACCAUGAUAUGGAGUGUGGCGACAGCCCAAGGAAAAUAUCCAAUGGCCUGGCAGAAAUUACUUGGUACCUUCCAUGUGGGAACAAAAACAUGGAUGUUUUCAGUGAGCCAGUUGCUGUAACCAAUCUUCGUGGAGACAUUGCUUUGUUUGAAACACAAUUUUCUUUUUUGUGUCAGACAUCUGCAGCAGUUUUUGUGUUCUUUGACAAGUGGGACUCUAAAUGCGAGCUGCUUACCAACCAACACCACAAGGCACAGAUCUUCUUGGUGGGUAACCAUCAAAGCAAGCAUUUCAAUUUGAAUGCUCUAAAGAAGGUAGCAACCAAGUUGGGCUUAACUAACAGCAACAUCCUUUUGAAGGCUAAGCACAUGAAUGAUGCAGACUUUGUCAAAACCCUGCGAAAAACAGUCAGCAAUGUUGUUGAGAACACAAAGAUGAAGAUGGGAAUCGAGCAGAUGGCUAACAUUGCCCAUGAACUGGGAAUC